CCCGCGACCACGUGCACGCGCUGUCAGUAUCAUGAUAUAUAACAAUAAGGGGGCGGGCUCAUGGCGGCGCUGCAGCGCGUCGACAGGCUGCUGCUGCGGCUCACUACCCGCGCGCCGCUGGCCCGCGACCACGUGCACGCGCUGCUGCUGAAUGUAUCGUUGGACACAGCCAUCCCGGGGCUGAGUCGGUCGGCGCCCGCGCUAGGCGUGGAGAUGUGUGAAUGUUCAAGCGCUUACUCCGCGCCUUCCUGCCAACUGCCCGCUCCUGGAUUCUGGAUGCCGCCAGUUGCUGUACGCUUCUCCAAUGUCGCUGGAACUAUUGUGAUACACAUGGAAGGGACGGCAAGACCAUGUGAUUGCAACGGCAGAGCUACUGCCUGCGAUCCCAACACGGGCGCUUGUUUGAACUGCACGGAGAACACAGGCGGACCGCGGUGUUCAGAAUGCGCGGCGGGGCAUUACGGGCGGCCCGGGGCGGGCGGGACGGGGGGCUGCCAGCCUUGCCCCUGUCCCUCGCGGGCUGCGAACUACGCCAAUGCCUGCACUAUGCACGCUGGUAGACUUCAAUGUCUCUGCAAGCCUGGAUUCGCGGGGUUGGAGUGCGAGCGUUGCGCGUCGGGCUGGUACCGCAGCGGUGGCGGCGCGUGCGUAGAGUGCGGCUGCGACCCGCGCGGUGCCCUCACCGACGCGUGCGAUGCAACGGGGCGCUGCACCUGCCGCGCCGGCGCUGCGGGCCUGCGCUGCGACCGAUGCGCAGCGCCGCGCGCCUAUCUGCAUGCGCCCGGAGACUGCAGGGCAUGCGACAAUUGCACCCAGACCCUACUCGACUCGGUAGAACAAUUAACUCGGGAGUUACGCACGAGAGCGGAUCCCACCGAGCUGAGUCGGAUACCGAAGCCGUUCCCAGCAUUACUGGAAUUCGCGCACAAUGCGUCUUUGUCGAGAUCUACCUUAGACUCUCUCAACCAAGACAUGAUGAACUCGCGAAUCAUAAAACCCACGAUCCACGAUUUGGAAGAAAAGGAACACGAAAUAUUUACUGAAGCCAACAAACUGAAAAGUGAAGCCAGUACUUUAGAGAAACACGCACAUUAUCUGAGCUUAGAAAGUAUGAGUGGGCUGGAGGAAGUAUUGAGGUUGAAGAAUCGAUUAGGUGAACAAGUGAUCGAGUUGGGAGAAUUCACCUUUGGUGACAAACAUCUGUCUGCGCGCAAAGCACUGAAAGAUGCGAAACACUUGCUCAGAGAAAUAAAAGACUUUAAAAUAUCCGAUUUCUUAGGUGGAGCCAACGAUGUUUUCGAUUCGGCAACAUUACAAUCUACAGCAGUGCAAGAGUACGAUUACCGAUUGCAAGAUACACAGAAACGCGUGUCUGAGAUAAAGAACGCCCUCGAACAUUGGGAAAGGAAGUCGGAGGAUCUACAACGGCUGGGGAACAUAGUGUGGGGUGCUGGAGACGUGGUGGCCGCCGUCGGGAAGACUGUGAAACCGAGACUGUCUGCUUUAAGGGACACGGCGCUUCGGUGUAGACUGCUGCUAGAGGACAUAACAUCUUUAUCACCAAAAAACUUGACGGACGAAGUGGGUUCGUCUUUGCUAAGAGCUCAGUCGUUGGCCAUACGUUUCCCGAGCAUGGCGGCGGAGCUGAAGGUGCUGACUCUGGCCGCUGAGGAGAAGGAGGGUAUCCUGUACAGCUUGACGCCUCAGUACCGCACCAAGUACUUAGAACCGGUGGAGAGACAUGUCGCAGACCUUGGUGAUAAGGCUAAACAAUACAAGAGUGUAUUCGCGGGGGCGCGGUCUGCAGCAUCGCUGGGCGUUUCAGCAGCUCACGCGUGGGGCUCGGUUGCGAGCGGAGUCCGCGACGCAGCCGCCACCGCCGCCGCUGCAGCCGCAGCUGCCUCCGCCGCUGCUGCAACCUUUUCUAGAGACUCCGCGCCUCGAGCCGCCGCUGCUGGUAUAGCUGCGUCUACUGAACUCAAGAGGCGGGCUGCUAACCUUCUCGCAGAAUCGGAUGAACUGCGCAACCGCCUCGAGUCGCUGAGCCGCGCGGGCGACGUGGUCAGCGUGUCCCUGCGCGCCCUCGGCUGGGGCGAGCGGUCACUGGGCGCUCGACCACGCGCGCGCGUUUCAGACGCGCUGCAGGAGGCCGGCGCGCGGGCCGACCGCGUGUUCGGCACCAUGCGCGCGCUGUACGAGCACGCCGCCGAGCUGAGGCGUCGCGCGCGAUACUCUCUGCGCCGCAGCCUCGCCGACCUGCAGCGGCACGGAGACACGCAGCUCGGCGCCGCGCAGGAGCACGUGUCUCAGAUCCGUGGCAACACACUGCGCGGGUCUGAGUUAGCGGAAGCGCUGGCGGCGGCGGCAGCGGCGAGAGCCCGCGAGCACGCGGCCGCGCAGGGGACUAUCAGCCCUGCGCUCUCAGCGUUAAGGGACAAAGUCGCGCGCGCCAAGCACGCCGCACACUCGAUAUCGGUAUCACUGACGUCAGCGGAGGGCGCAGCGGUGGGUUGUUCGCGCGCAUACUCGUUGACAGACGCGGCUCCGUCCGCCGCCCGCGUCACCGUCACCGUGUCUUUCGCCACCGUGCGGGACGGACCACUUAUCCUACUCACUGAUGACACGCAGGAAAGUGAAAAAUACAUGAAGCUAUCAGUUGUGAAGAAAGCGUUGCGAUUGGUCUGGGACUUGGGCGCCGGUGAAGGGGUGAUCUCACACCCUGAGGUACUGCAGCCAGCUCACGAUGACGCCGACUCCACCACAUACGGGAUAGAGAUUGAGAGGGUUUGGAACACAGUCACCUUGCGCGUGGAGCGACUCGACGGCGGUAUCAGCCCAACGACCUUCAGCAACAGUAGCGGGGCUGGCGGUACUCAGUUUACGCCCACUACCUUGUGGUUGGGCAGUAGUGGAGGCGGCAGCGGUCUGCCGGGCUGCGUGCACGGCGUUCAGUACGACGGAGCAAGUCUGGGCUUAUGGAACUUCCGGCAUCAACCGCCUAAUGCGCAAUGCACGGGAUGCACACAGAGAUGGCGCCGUAGUAGUCGUGCGGGUUUGGGCGCGGGCGGUGAUAUGGUGUGGCUGGACGGCGCCGGUUACGCGGAGCUUCCGGGAGGCCGCCGCACGGACAGACGACACUUCAGUGUCGCCUUUACGUUCCGCACGCGCGACCCGCACGCGCUGCUGUUCACCGCGCUGGACGAGCCCAACAACCGGUCGGUGUCGGUGAUAAUGCGGGACUGCCGCGUGGUAUUCCUGGUGCAGUACAGCGGCGCGCGGCUGGAGAUCGCCGACCGCGCGAACCACUGCGACGGACAAUUGGCGCACGUGCAGGCUGCGAGGGUAUUCGCUGGGAACAAGCUUGAGAGAGGCAGCCUGCGCGUGAACGGCGCAGAAACACUCGGCUCUGCGGAGCCGCCCGUCGUGUCGGCGGCCGCGCUACCAGAACUGGGCGGCGCGCGCUACUGGGCGGGCGGCCGGCCCCCGGGCGCGCCUGCCCUGGCGCCGCCCCUGCGCGGCUGUCUGGGCGGCCUCACUGUUGACAGACAUCUGUAUAGCCUGCUCGACACGCCAGCAAGACAUGGGCUGGAGCCUUCGUGUGAGCCACGGAUGGUCAGGUCUGCUGCCUUCGAAGGCUCGGGCUUCAUCGAGCUGUCGUCUCCCGCACUCAAACGCAAGAGCUCCAUCGGGAUCAGUUUCCGAGCUCGGGGUCCCGGCCUCCUGCUAUACCGUACCCCGGAUAUGGCUGAUGCUGCGAAUACAGAACACGAGAACCACUACCUGGCCCUGAUGAUAAUUGAAGGGGAUUUGCAAUUAAUAGCGGCCGCUGGCAAAGCAGAGCUGCGCCUGCGCACGAACGGAACGAAAUUUGACGACGAUCAUCUGCACGCCGUACGGAUCAUCAGGGUGCACAAGCAGCUAGAAUUAUGGGUGGACGACGUACUAGAGACGCACGGCACGCUGGCGGGCGGCGCGAUACCCGCGCGGCCGCACGGGCUGUUCCUGGGCGGGGUCAAUGACACUAUGGGCGGCUACAACGCCUCUUUCCCUACCACAGGGUUCACUGGAACCAUAGCUGACGUUAUCGUGGACGCACAGUUAGUAGGGCUGGAGACUGCACGGUCAUGGCACGGGGCGCGCGAGGGGCGCGGGGCGGGCGCGGCGCGGGGGGCGGGCGGCGCGCCCCGACCUCUGCAUGCCGCCCCUGAUGACGCCGCGCCAUGCACUAAGUCAGCGUCGUACACAGUAGAGGCUGGAGCAGUGAAGUUUGGCGAUGCACCUUGGAGUCACGCAGCUUUACGAUUGCCAGCGAAGGGAAGAGGGCUGGUGUUUUCAUUGGAAUUUCGCACCUUUCAGCCUGAUGGACUGCUGGUGCUGGCGCCGGGCUCGAAGGCGAAACCAAAGCAUUACUUGGCGCUGAUGAUCCGCGAGGGCAAGCUGAAGCUGGUGGUGCGCGGGCGCAAACGGCGGGAGCUGUCGCUGGUCGCGUUCGUCGCCGAUGGCACGUGGAGAUCGGUAUCGGUGUCGGUGUCUCGUACGCGCGUGGCGCUAUGGAGCGGGUCGCAGUCGGCGCGCGCUGCGACGGUGGGCCCGGCGCGCGCGCGGCGCCUCUACGUGGGCGGGCUGCCCGCGCCCGCCGCCCCACGCGCCCUACCGCCCGCGAUCGUGCGCGUGGGCGGGUUCGUAGGCUGCGUACGGAAGGUGACACUUAACAAUCGCGCGGAGGAUCUAGUGAGGGACGCGCGAGACCACCACGCCGUCGGACAAUGCUUCCCCGACGUCGAACAGGCGGCGUACUUUGCAGGUGAUGCGUACGCGUCGGUGAGCGACGUGGAGUUUGGUUCGGAAGUGCGCGUGCGCUUCAGGAGCGCGGCGUCGCGCGCGCUGCUGCUCGCCGCUGACGGAUUACUGCUGGAGUUACGAGACGGAAAGGUGGUGCUGACGCGGUACUCUAGCACCGGCGAGGUGCGGGGCCGCGCGGAGGCCGGGCGCGGGUUGUGCGACGCGCGCUGGCACUGGGCCGGCGUCAAGGGCACCGCCGUGUGGGCCGACGACGGCCCGCCCGCCAGACUGCCGCCCGCCCUGCUGCCCGACGCGCCGCGCCUGCCACGCCUCUACGUCGCCGGCGCGCCAGAAGGUACAGCGGACCUGCCGGACGGCGGGCGGGAGAACUUCAAGGGUUGCAUCGCUGAAGUAUGGGUGGGGGGACGCUUACGACCCUGGAGCGAGAUGAACACCCACCACGUACUCCUGGACUCGUGUCCGAAGCGGUGACCAUGAUGCGGUACAAGUUCCCAAAGUGAAAAAGACCUUCCUAAACUCGCGGGAAGAUAGAAGACACCUUAAGGGCCCAAUGUUUUGGAAUCUAACGGAAUACAUCACUCACCAUCGAUUUCCUCCUACGAAGAAAACCUUUGUAGUUACGUAGAGAUAUUUUUGUGUAAUAACUUCCCAUCACAGCUGUCGUGUUACAGCACAGGCAAUACUUCUAUACAUCUUUUUAGUACUUAAGAUUUUUCACUGCAGAGUUUAGUAUGUAGCUCUAUUUGUUGGUCGAAAAAGCGAAAUUAUUUCGUUUCGUUUCUUUUCGCUCUCAAUAUGUUUUAUUACGCUUUUUAGUAUUUCUUCUGUCACGUAGAAUUUGUAAUUCGAAAAUACUUGCCAAUGAAUAUGACAAUGAUAUUGUUAGCUCCAAUUGCCAAGCACUAAGAACGAUAUUAGUAGUGCAAAUGUAUCUUCUAAGAUGAGCUUGAUAGAACUUCAUAUUUAAAAAUAGGAAAAUCUUUCAAAGUAGCUUGAGUUCUUUCAACUGUCUUAAUAAAGAUUAUCUUCAUUUGCUUUUAUCAUGGUUGAUAAUAAAUUACAUUAGAAAAUCCAAAAAUCUAAUUGAUUAAAUGUAGUUUAAAAGCAACUUUAAUUCACUUUGAAAUAGUUUUGGCUAGAGAUUAAUAAUGUAAAUUUUGUAUUUUAAGAGAUUUGGAAAAAAUAGGAACAAUUUAAAACGUAUUUCUAUAAUUGCGAAUGUAUUUGGUCAAAUUAGACUAGAUUUUGAGUGCCUUAAAUAAAUACCAAAUCUGGUUUUGGGUCACAGUCUCACAGAGCAGAAAGCAGAGUUCUGAGUUUAAGAAUAUUCCAUAACAAAAGUUUUUUCGAUGUGUCUUGAUAACACCAAGAUAAUGGUAAUUAAACAUUUAAGAUUUUAUGUUUGUUGAAAAUUAAUUAUGAUUUUUUGUAUCAAUUCUUUUAGACGCAUUAGUAAUUGUAAAGUGAAAACUUUGAAGAUAAUUUUAUUAUUAUUUUAUACCGAGGCGAGUCACCUUCAGCAAAUACAGUAUACAUUAAAGUUUGCUAUUAAAACAGAUUAUCAGCACCACGAGUCACAAACAGAGGCUAAUGUAAAUAUUAUUUUACUAAAUAAAACCCUUUAUUUAUGGAGGACAACACUCUUAAUACUCGUGUACAUAAUGAGGUACUUAAUAUAAUUACCAGUAUUCAUAGUAAGUCGAUAAUUACUGUAUCUGUAAAUAUUUAGUCACAUAGUUUAAUAUUUUUUUUGUAUUUUUCUAUAUAGGUGUACACUUAGGUAGUAAUUUUUUUCUAUGAAAUUGAUACUUUAAACCUCAUUAUCAUAUUGAAUUUUUGACACAUUUCUUGAUCCACUAAAGUAGUAUUUGUAGUAUCAUAAAAGUUCCGAGAUGUAUUCUUGUUAUUAUUAAAUCAAUCAAAGGUCGCGCGGCACGUAACUCUAGCGUUGAACAAACCACUGGGGGGCUAUCUGCGCAUGGGCAUGACGGGAGAGACAAUCGGCGCAGGGCACGCCAACCAGCUCACCUCGUUUCCCCCCAACACAUCUUAAUUUUUACUUCUGCGCAAUAACGGUCAGCGCUAGAGUUCCGUGCUGCGACUUAUAAGCACAUUUUAAAGGACAUGGUAAAGUUUUGUAUGAGCGACUGCCCUGGCAAUGUAUAAAUACUAUACUUAGUAAUAUUUAAUGGUAAAUGGCUGAAUAUUUAUAAUUUCUAUGAAAAAAGCCUCGGGAACUUUUGAUAGUCACAAUCUUGAAAAUUAUGAGAACUCCUACUAUGUCAUUACCUUACUACAGUUGAUAAAAGAUGUUGCCAAUUGUUUACAGAGUCAUGCAUUUCGCAUUUUCUUAAAAUCUUUCUUCCCAUUUCUCUGAUUAACUCUUCACAAAAAUUGUUUUUAAAGCAAAAAAAAAAUACAAAUAGUUUGUUAUCGUCGGCCUGACAGGAAAUCUGUGAAGUUUUAUUUUGUUAAUUUGCAAAAAUUAAAGGAUAAAUUAUCAUACAGCCUUGUUUCAAGCCUGAUCAGAAUUAUAGAAAUCUAUUAUUUUAGGCCUUCAGUGAUUUGUUUUGAUAAAAAUUAGGGCCAAAUAUGUCAUAGUUUGAAGGAGUUUAGAAACAAUAUUGUUUAUUUCGAUAUACUUACACAAAUAUAUUUUGUGUACAUUUAUUGUUCAUUUAUUUUGUAAAACGGAACAUUUUGCUUUUUAAACAGACAUGAAGUCAAUUUUUAUACUUUCAAAGAUUUGAUUAUUUCACGAAAGUUGUAUGAGAAUAAUAAACACGUAAUAAUUAAUAAAAAAAUAUUGUAAAGUUACUGGCUAGUGCGAAAUAUUUAUACCCGUUAAAGGCAGUUUCUUAGCCAUGUCCUUUGAUUAAAGAUUUAUAAGUAGAAGUUUUUCACCUAACUAAAUACUUUAAUAACGAAGACAAUAUGCAUUUAUGUACUUACACGUAGUCACUAGAGUUAGCUUAAAAUGUGCAAAGGCGAGUCACCGCAUAGCUAGGUCAAUUCAAUAAAUUGACUGUUAAUGGCGGUGUUUGACAGCAGUACUGUUAUCAUGCAAGAUUUUUCGCCGUAUUUAUUUUUUGGGGACAGUUUUUAUUUCAAUUCAUAUCUGAAAAAGGGGCACCUGUGGAUUUCUUUUUGGUUUUCACAUUAUCAUUGAUGAAUUUAAUUGUUUUUAAUUUAAAAAUGGCCGAUUUUAAGCAAUAUUGUACGAAUGCUCCGCCGUUUUCAGUCGUGUUUUAUUUGAUCGAACUAUAGCCUGUUGUACAUACGAUGGUCCAGCUUUAAUAGUUAACUAAACACCGUGUGUUGCCGUCACAAAUUAAUUUUAUUUAUGAGAGCGUGUUCAAUAAUUUUAAUUAAUCUCGAUAUAAGUGUUGGACCUAGUGGUCAGAAAGCUUUUCACUUUUUAUUGCUAAAAGGGCUAUUUAUUCAUUUUAAAACUGUAUAACGAUAAAAUUAUUAUGUUAAACAUUCAAGUAUUUAUCAUCUUUCGCAAUAAAUAAUGAUAACCAUGUGCUAAUUGGUAUUAUGUAAGAAGUAUGUGGAGCUCGAUGGCGCAGGUGGUUAGCGCGUUCAACUGCGAUUGUUGAAGUUAAGCAACUUUCGCAGUGGUCGGCCAUUGGAUGGGGGACC